AUGUCGUCACUCGUCACCCAAUUUCGUCGAAGCUCAGCCUAUGAGCCUAUGGUGAUAUCAUCCCUCGUCUUCUCCAAGUUGGAUCUCGUCCGGGCGUUUAGUGAUGAUGACGCGCACCCAGGCUCUUCCUCCCAAGGCUUCUCUAUCCGUGGCGCAUCGAGCGCUGCGUGGGCAAGAGCGUUGUCAUCUACUCGGUGUUACGGUCAGUCUCCCCUCUCCCCUCUUCCCUCUUUUCUUCCCUCUUCCCUCUUCCUACCUCCACCUUUCCUUGCAUCGCCUCCGAACGCCUCCCCCCGGCUCUCUGCGUCGACCCUGCCCCAUCCCCACAUCUCGCCAACAACACCUCUUCCCUCCCUCUGCCACUCUGCCACUCUGCCAUUGUUGUCACUGGUCUCCGAGUCCCGAGUCCCCGUUGAUGCCUAUAGCUUCAGCGCUGAAGGGCCAUAUAUCCAUAUUGUGAGCACAUCCAUCAGAGAUCACCGGUGCACCGGCACCCAGUGUUCUUCGCCCCUGCGCGUCUUCGUGUCUUCGUUUCGUUUCGGGUCGCAGGCGCUGGUGGGCUUGGCGGUCUUCGUGGUCCCGCCUACCGACCGUGUACUUCGACUCACCUCACGUGUCUGCUCUCCCCCCUCAUCCACCCGCGUCAGCGUCGAUCUCUCACCAGGCAUCUCACUCACCCGCCGACCAAUCGACAAUCUACAAUCGACAGCCGGUAAUCUACAAUAA